AUGUUGAAAGAUGUCAAUGAUUCAGAACUAUCUUUUAGUAGAAAAGUUGUUAUAUUUGAAGGAGAUUUUCGCCAAAUUUUACCUGUUGUUCCAAAAGGAACAAGCCAGCAACAAAUUGAUGCUAGCUUGGUUUCUUCUUAUCUGUGGCCCACAUUAACAAAAAUUUGUCUGACUGAAAAUAUGCGCGCAAGAUUGGAUCCAGAUUUUUCAAACUAUAUAUUGGAAUUAGGCAAUGGAAUGCCACCAAUUACAAUCGAUGAAUAUGUCAAAAUUCCUAUAGCCAUGUUAAUUCCAUAUCAGAAUGAUACUGCUUCUUUGGAUCAAUUAUUAGAUGUUGUUUUUAAUGAUAUUUCAGAAUAUUCAAUAAAUAUUUCAAGCAUGAUGAACCAUGCCAUAUUGACACCAAAGAACAGUUAUGUAGAUGAGAUAAAUAGUUUGUUGAUACAGAGAUUUCCAGGAGAUAUUAAACAGUAUUACAGUUUUGAUGAAACAAUUGAUGCAUCUGAAUAG